CUCAUUGCAAAAUGGCUGCGCCCAUGAAAAAUAAAAUGUUGAUUUCUUCAAAAUUUCUUGUUUUAUUGCUCAUUAUUGGUCUCCUCAGUAUUACUGCAUGCGGUGAAGAUGAUCAGAGUUCAUGUAGCAAACCAGAUGGUGCAACUGGUGAUGAAAAAUCGUGCGGUUGUGGUGCUUUGAAUCGGAAAAACGUUGAAAAAUCGGGGGAGAAUCUGAACCAAGAUGGCGACGAUUCGUCUGCUGCAGCAGUUGAAGAUGAAGAUGUUGAGCAGGGAGAAGCAGACCAUGACAAAGUGAAAUACAGUGGAGCUAAAAAUAGUCCAGUGUUCCGUAGAACGAAUCAAAUGGUGUUAAUCAACGGUGGGGAGUUUUUAAUGGGAACAGACAAGCCUCUGUUUCCACAGGAUGGUGAGGGGCCAGCAAGAAGAACAAAAAUAGGCUCUUUCUAUGUGGACAUUCAUGAAGUCAGCAAUGCAGAAUUUCAGCUAUUCACUAAGGACACUGGUUAUGUUACUGAGGCAGAAAAGUUUGGCGACUCUUUUGUUCUUGAAGCUUUUAUCAGUCCAGAAGUACUGAAGGGAAUAUCACAAGCAGUUGCCGCUGCACCUUGGUGGUUACCGGUCAAACAAGCAGACUGGAAACAUCCCGAAGGACCAGACACGGACAUCAAAAAUAGAAUGGAUCACCCUGUGAUACAUGUUUCAUGGAAUGAUGCUGUGGCAUAUUGUGAUUGGGCAGGCAAGCGACUACCAACUGAAGCUGAAUUUGAAUAUGUCUGCAAAGGAGGCUUGACUGAAAGGUUGUACCCGUGGGGUAACAAGGAGAUGCCUAAGAACCAACAUUGGAUGAACAUCUGGCAUGGAGACUUCCCAGGAAACAAUACAAAAGAUGAUGGAUAUGCUACAACAGCUCCUGUGACUUCCUACCCUCCCCAAAACAAGUUUGGCGUGAAAAACAUCAUUGGAAAUGCUUGGGAGUGGACAUCCGAUUGGUGGGAAGUACAUCACAGUACGGAGCUUCAGAAAAAUCCUCAUGGCCCAAAAAGUGGAAAAGAUAAAGUCAAAAAAGGAGGAUCUUAUAUGUGUACAAAAAAGUACUGUUACCGUUAUCGCUGCUCAGCCAGGAGCCAAAAUACGCCAGACAGUUCAGCUUCUAACCUUGGAUUUAGAUGUGCUAGUAAUACUCUACCGGAUCACCUAUCUGAUUCCAAUGAAGUAUGAUCAUUCCAAUGGCAACUUCAUGGAAUUUUGUAUAGGCCUACACAUAAGAAUAAUUCUCUCCAGAAUGAUUUAUUCAAUGACUUGAUUUGAACUUUUGAUAUCAAUCGAUAUGCUAGACACCAAAACUGAAUAUUAUCCUUGGGCUGAGAGAAAAUCAUGUGAACUGAAAUUGUUUUAUUGGCAGCUCGGUUGGUUCAACCUUGGACAUGUUUUUGUUGCUCUUACACUUAGGUUUCUGCUGCAUUUACGUCAAGACAGCUGUCACCAGUUCAGUGUUUUAUCCACUUCUAUUGCAGUGAAGGACAAUCUGACUAAAUAUCAAAAUUAGACAGACACAGUACAUUAAAUUUGUUGGCAUAUAUUGUAAGAAGUUGAGGGGCAGUCCCAACUAACAUGUAUGUGCUUGUGUCUGGUGCCUUGGCUAUACAUUAAAAAAUCAUUUCUGUCAAUCUGUGAUAUCUCUGAAAUAAAAUUGAACA